AUGGACAAGCGUUGCUUGAUACCCCCGUUCUCUGCACCCGAUGCUGGGCUAUCCCGCCCGGAUCUAGGUGUGCUGGACUCCCUUCCUACGAUAUCACGAACCCCAGCCCAUGAGGCUUUUCUCACGGAGACCGAUGUCAAUGCGUUUCUACGUCGAGACCUGGACCUCUCUCGCCUCAACAGAAUACACGACCAGCUAUGGAUGGCCGGGCGACCGAUGAAUGCCCGCCCGUUGCACCGGCAGCGCAUGAUGGGCGUCGAACUCCUUCCCACCGAGCAGUCUGAUCUCCAUCUCCUCAAAUUCUCAAACCGGUUGCUCGUCAAGCCGCUACCAAGCUACAUUCUCGACUACGACUUCUGGGCCGAGCAUCUCUGUGGCUCCAGCGAACUGCAUGAGUCUGCCAGCGGAUUGCUCGUGUCGUACAUCUGGCUUAUCUGUUCUCCGCUGGAUUUGAAAAUCGCCCAUGACUACCACUUGUUUCCAGACCAGCUUGACUGGACCUGGUGGAAGGCCUUUGUGAACGACGUGUUCGAUCAUAUCAACAUCAAUGCCCUCGACACCGUUAACAAGCGUUAUCACUUUGGCGAGCUCCGUCUUGGGCGCAUAAAUACCAUAUAUCGCAUCAAGUACUUUUUCACCCACUUCAUUCGUGGCUACCUGUACGGCUAUAAUCGCUACCUGGUGUUCUUCGAGCGCAACUUUGGCUGGAUAAUUGUCGUUUUCGCAUACUUCUCUCUGGUGUUGUCCGCAAUGCAGGUCGCCAUGGACGUACCGGGCCUGCAGGACAACAAGUCCUUUGUUAAUGCAACCUAUGGCUUUGUCAUAUUCUCCAUUGUCUUAGUGGCCUUCUUUCUGGGCCUGGUCGGUGCUAUUUUUACCUCAAUUUUCCUUUACAAUAUGGGUGCGGCCAUCCGGGACGAUAGACAGAAAAGGCUUGAAAGGGAAAAGCUAGCAAUGGCCAGCAGAGCUGAGACCUGA